AUGGAUUCAAACGGAGGUGCUCAGGUGAUAUCAGCUCUUGAAGUCAUUUAUUCAGUAAAAUCAAAUAAUGAACAACGUCUCGAGAGUCAGAGAUUUUUGGAUAACGUCAAAUUACAAGAAGAAUCACCUCUAUGGGGUUAUGAAAUUGCCCUGAACAAUUCUUCAAAUUUUAUAGUGAAACAUUUCGGAUUGGGUCUCUUAACACAUGCAUUAAAAACUCAUUGGAACAAUUAUGACGCUCAAAGAAGAAUCGCUUUGAGAAAAUGGAUAAUGGAAUUGAAUUAUAGAGUUACAAAUGAAGAUCCACGUUACAUUAAGGAAAAACUUGCCUUUUUAUGGGUAGAAGUUGCAAAGAGAUCAUGGGGCGAAGCUCUGAAAGGUGGAGAGCCUACUGAUGAACUUUUGACUGAAUCAUGGGUUGAUAUGGACAAUAAUUUAUCCGAAUUGUGGAACAUUAAUCAGGCUUCAAGAGAAGUAACAUUAAUAAUAUUUAGAAUUUUAUUUGAGGAUGUGUUUUUAUUAGAUGAUAUGAUUGUCCUCAAAAGAAUGACCAUUAUUCAACCAUUAUGUGUAAUGAUAGUAUGCCCGAUGGAAGUGUUUGCAUCCAAAUACAAGUUUACUGAAAAAUGGACCUUAUUUAGAUCUAGCAAUGAUGGUUGGUUCAAGACAUGGAUUGACGAAUUAAACAUUGCUCUAGGAGAAAAUAACCAAGAAUAUGUGGUUAGAUUAUUAGAGACUUUAAAAACAUGUUUGAAUUGGCCAUUAAGUGAAGUGAUUAUCAGAAACGAUGUUAUUUCAACAUUAUUGCGUUGUUUUUUGAGUGAUAUCCCAAAGGCUCAAUCAAUGGCUUUGGAUUCAAUGCAUAUUCUAUUAACAAGACCAUACAGCAAUGAUGAUCAUUACAAAUCGGUUAUAAAUAAUGUUUUCAAUAAUAUGGACACUCUAGAGAAAGUUUAUGAUAGUUUACAAUUUGAUGCAAAGAACGGAAUCGAUGAGGCUAAAUAUCCAAUCAUCAAGAAGUUUGUUGAUAUGAUAAGUUGUCUUUAUGUUUGUGUCUUCAAAGUCGAUGACAAUGAAAAUCAAGUCGAAAAAUAUUUAAGACUAGUAUUAAAGGCAACAUAUAACGAAAGUUUAAUAGUAAGUGGAUUAACAUUGGAUUUAUGGUGUUCAUGCUUAAGAAAUGAUAAUUUCUUGCCAUACUUAGAAAAAUACAUCAUACCUGACCUAUUGCAGUAUGCAGCUGAUGCGUUGAUAUAUUACGAACAAAUUCCGGAUCAUGUGUCAAAGAUAUUCGCUGAGACAGAUUUUCAAUCAAAGACAGAAUUUCAGUCAUUUUGUUCCAGUUAUAGGAAAAAUAUUAGAGAUAUUAUUAGAUUGAUCUCUUGUGUAAAAUUGGAUCUCUCUUACGAGUGGUUGAACGUGAGAUUAAAUAGCUAUUUCAGUUCACAAUAUGGCCAACAAGUACUCAGCUCCACCUUUUUGGAUUUGAAGUCAGAACCUUAUUUAAGUGCAUUAUCACAAUUUAUGAUCAUUGAAUGCUUUAUCAAUGGAUGUAUACGAUGGAAAAUUUGGUACACCAAUUCAGAAGAUUACGAUGCGAAACUGGAUGAUAUCCUGAACAAAUUAGAAAUGUUAUCGAAUCAACUUAUUGCCUUAAACAUCAGGGAACCAUUGUUGUUGAAGAAAGAAAUUCAAAAUUUUGCUUUAUUCUUAACAAUGCUGAAAGAUAAUGUAUUAUUCACAUUGUUGGAAAAAAUUAUCACAACGGCGACCAUGGAUUACCCAGGUAUCGAUGAAGAAAAUAAUAGUGAAGAGUAUGAAGCUGUCAGAGAACUUAGAUAUGCAUGUGGUAUUGAAUUGAAUAGAAUGGCUUUACUAAUGCCUGAAUCUUUGAAAAGCAUAUACGCAGAUCUAGAAAGUGUUGUGUCCAGAAUACUCCCCAAAUUAUCAUAUCACGAGAAAAUAUCAUUUAAAUCAUUCUUGUUAACAAUCGUAUUGAAAUCAUCAUUAGAUAGAAAAGAGGAAAGGUUUGCUGAACUUGUUGAUAGCGAGUUGGUCGCCUGGUCAGAUAAAAGUACAGAGGUUGGGCUAUCAGACUUGCCUUGGUUUAUGGAACGCCUCGGUAUAGUAAAAAUUGCAGAAUAUUUCCAAAGAAGAAACAUAGAUGAAAAUAGUGAUUUGCUAUCUAUUCCUAUCGACGAAGAAGGCAAGCAAUUGAAAAUGGAACUAACAAAACGUUGGCAAACGUUAUUCCCUGUCAGAGCUACUAGAAUGUUUAUUCAUUAUUCUAUGCAAAGUGUAAAGAAGGACUCUGAAUUUAAGAUGUUGCAGGAUAUGUGGAGGCCACGUAUUGUACCAAUUCUACCAUAUAUUUUGAGAUUAUUGUAUCAAUUACAAUCUUACCAUGAUCCUGAAAAUUGGAAAGAGCUUCCAAAUGUUGUCCAAUCAUUUGUGAAAUAUUCAACGGUAGAACGGUUUUGGGAAGCAGGUGCUUCCAAUAAAUCUAAGGAUGAAUUUAUAGAUGAACACAUGAAGGCCAUGCAUACUUUAAGAGAUUUCGCUGAUUCGGUAGGUCACAUCGUAAGAUACACUAGAGAAUAUACUCUAUUAGUUGUGGCUGCUAUAUCUUCGUUAGGCAGUGUAUUCUUCGAUAUUGAUGAAAUGCCUGAGUUGCUGUUCAACUCUAUUGCUAUAUACAAACCGGACAGAAACGAAAUCAGUCCCGGUGUCUCAACACACGGAUGGAAACAUAUUUUAAAUGUGGCUAUUAGACCAAUUUUAAAGAAUUGUCCGGAUGAAUGUGCCUCUAAAUUCAUGCCAGUGUUUUUACCAAAACUAUUUAAUACCCUUGACGUAAUAUUGUGCGAAAAAUGGAGUAAAGUUAUGCAGGGCCACGAAACUGAACCAAUUCCUACCGACGACGAAGAGAUGACGGAGGAAAUAUUGGAAGAAAACUUAUUAAGACAGUUAACUACUGUUGUUGUAUUGAUAUUAAUAGACAGUGUCGGGCAAAAUGGCUCUAGUUCAAAAAGUAAAUUGAAUUCUCACCAAAUAAAAAUGAGGAAGACAAUUUUCGAAGACAUUAAUUUAUUAGCUCCAUUUUUAAAGCUACUUAACCAUCUAAUUUCCUUCAAAGACACAAAAUGUUCAUUCAACGCGGUAUUACUAAUGAAAUCGUGCCUAGCUGAUGUUCUUAUUAAGAAUGAAAGUGUUGAUGAAUUCUUUACGGUAGAGGUAAUGAAAACGUUACUUGUCAACCUAACCGCCAAUAAUUCUAAUCGUGACUCAUUCUAUGAGGGAAUGUAUGUCUUUACUGUAUUAUUUUUAACUUUGUACAAAGAGUACAAAUCCACAAGACAAUAUCUAUAUGAAAUUUCCCACGGAUAUGAUACGGAAAAAUUAUAUGAAAACUUGAGGAAAGUUGAUAAUUUUAAGAACCAAAGAGCCUUAAUGGUAGAUUAUUUCGAUUAUAUUAGGAGGAACAAUGGUACUUCGAAUGAUAACGACGACGACGUUGUUGCAGAUGAGAGAAAAAGACAAGAAAAGAGAGAAGCAAAUUUAUUAAAAGCUACUCAAAAGCUUGUCCAAAAGAACAAAGGUCCAACUGAUUUGUUGGACGAUCCAUCAACUGAAAAUGAUGCCAUGGGCAAUUUAUUCGGCUCAGCAUAA